AUGGCAGCAGAGCCGAAGCUGGUGAGGCAGCGGUCCCUCCCUGGCGUCACCCGCCGCGUCAUCUGUGUCCCCUCCCGCCUCGUGCGACCAUCACCACCCCCGCUGUCACCAUCGGCUGCUGCUGCUGCUCCUGCUGCUGCUGAUGGUGGUGCUGCUGGUGGUGGCUGGUGCAUGAGCGGCAGGGAUGCUACUGUAGAAGCGUGUGGUAUAGGGGCUAGUCCCUUGCGUGGGCUUCCCCACACCCACACCCACACCCACACCCACGCACAUGCACAUGGAGCCACAACUGAUGCCGCAGCAGUAGCAGCAGCAGGUGCAGCAGCAGGGGGAGCAGGGGAAACUGCAGGGUGGGGAGCAGGAGGGGGAACAGGAGGAGGAGGAGCAGCAGCAGCAGCAGCAGCAGGACCAGCAGGAGCAGCAGCAGCAGGGGCGAUGCAGCGGUUUCACCUGGGAGCCGUGGUGGGCGUGGGGAGCUACGGAAUGGUGUAUGAGUGCGUGGAGGAGGACACAGGCAUCACCUACGCAGUCAAAGACCGCGCAGCCGCGUAUGUGUUCACCGAGUACUGCCUAGAAGGCGACCUGCACCACAAGAUCGCCACGCAGGGGCCGCUUCCGGAGCGGGACGCGGCGGAGGUGUUUGCGCAGCUCGCGUCGGCGCUCGCGUUUUGCCACGCGCGCGGCGUGGCGCACCGGGAUGUGAAGCUGGAGAAUGUGCUGGUUGCCCGGUGCCCUGCUGAGUUCUCCAUCACCUGUGCUGCUGCUGCUGCUCCUCCUGCUGCUGCUGCUGCUGCUGCUGCUGCUGCUGCUGCUGCUGCUAAUGUGGCCGGCACAGCAGCCUGGGAAAAACGCUCCUUCUCUACUCCCACUGACCGUUCCGCCUGGAACGAGCUCGAGGCAGCUGUUGGGCACAGGGGGGAGUCGGGGCAUGGUGGCGGCCAGCAGCUAACCCACACGGCACAGCAGCAGCAGCAUGGGGAACAAGUAACCGUGGUGGAGGAUCAAUCAUCAACACUUCUCCUGCCGGCUCUACCCUUGCUGGUAGCUCUACGCCUGCGAGUGGUGCUCCCAGCAGCACCACGGGUGGCGCCCACAGUGCUGGCUCCUCCUUGCACCGAGGCAGCGGGCGCAGCAGCAUGUGGGGAUGGGGAUCGGCAGAUGCUUCCGGCUGGGAAAGAGAGGUGGCAGGGCAGCAAGCCGUACAUGGCACCGGAGGAAAUAACCAGGGCCCCUGUGCCGCAUGUGCAUGGUCAGCAGCAGCAACAGCAGCAGCAGCAGCAACAGGAACAGCAGCAGCAGCAGCAACAGCAACCAAAGUACCACUGGAAAAAGGGCAGCCCACAGGCGCAAGGGCAAGCACAAGCACAGGCAUGGGCACAGGCACAAGCACCACCACCAUCAGCACCAGAUCCUCACUCUGCUAUAACUCCAGCAGCAGCAGGCAGAGGAGCAGACGCAGCAGCAGCAGCAGCAGCAGGUGAGGGGCAAACCCAGUUCCAGCCGCACAAGGCUGAUGCCUGGAGUCUGGGUGUGGUCCUAUAUGCUCUGCUAUCCGGCCGGCUGCCCUUCCUUGCACAAACUGACGCCGAGCUAGCAGAGCUGAUCAGCCAAGGGGAGGUUGAUUUAGAGGAGGACCCAUGGCACGAUGUGGGGAAUGAUGCCAAGCGUCUGCUGCUGCGCCUGCUUGUGCUGAGCCCUGGGGACAGAGCUGCUGCGUGCGAUGUGCUUGAUGAUCCGUGGCUUCUGCGCCAUGGUGUGGGGGUUGUAAGACGUCUCAAAUGA